AUGAGUUUGAAAGAGAAAUUGCAAAAAGCCGAAAAGGCGAAAGAGCUCAUUGAGCGAUUAGAGGAAACCUCGGCGAUCCUGGAUAAAUACUCGUACAAAGGAAUUCACAAUGAGUACGCAGAACUGAUCGAAAAACUUUUCUCGACCGAGAAAUUCGGAUUGUUCGACAUAACAUCAAAGAAGGAAAAAGAAUUUGCGGCGAUUAUGAAAUUUAUGCGGCCAAACGGAUCUCUUUUCGAAAAUAUCAACAAGCUACAGUCAGAUCCCUUCCUGCGCUACUCACUUCCCAAAAAAUUUUUGUGCAAAAACAGGACCAAAGAAGUGGAAGGCAAUGAAAUCAGCGUCACUGCUUUCGAGUACUUUUUCUACCGUUUUGCCGCGUUUAUUGUUGAUAACUUGAUUGUCCACAAAAUCACUACAAAGAAGCAUUCGAAUGUUACCUUCGACUCUUACACGCCGGAUGAUCAUGUUAUCCAUCAUCUCUUUGCCAGUUAUCUUGAGUACUUUAUCCCCGUUGAUGGGAUCCUCCCCAUUGAGAAACAAUCCCUUAUUGGAGCGCCAACUCUUCCAUCGCCAAGAACUCCUCACAGGACAAGCUCUGUCCUAAAACGACCACUUGCAUCUUCAAGCACUUCCCUGAUUGAGCGUCCCCAUCCCGGUCAAACCUGGCGCUCAGAAACCUUCAUCCUGAUCAUGAGCGAAAAGCUCCUCGACGUCCAAGACAAAAUCUGCCCAAAUCAAGACCAAAUUCGCGCCCUCCGCACGAUGAUCAAACACAUACACAGCUGCGGCGGCAGUCUGCUCAAGAACAAUUCCUCCAACGAAAUUUCUUUCACCGACUUUGCCAAGCAAAAUGAAAAGCCAACAGUUCAAGCGAAGAUUUCCAACGAAAUCUUGACACACUACAUGGAACCAUCUCUUCCGCGCAUUUUCCGAAUCUGUUUCGAAUUGUGGCCGCUGGAUAACACUUUCCGGAUUGUUUAUGAAGCCUGGCUGUCUUACAUUCAGCCCUGGAGAUACAAGUCAGAAUCGAAAAGGCUUGACCCCGAAACUUGCGAAGAGUGGGCACCCUUUGUGAAACGAAACAUUGAUUGCUACACCAAGAAUCUUAAUGACGCGUACAGACGAUUCCUUCGACUCGAUAUCAAGCGCUCUACAAAUGCAAGAGGACUUCACCGAAUAGCUUGGAUUUUCGCGCAAGAAAGUCUUUUACAAAUGAUCAACGAAACAAAAGAGCACGAGACAUCUUUUGCCUCCCGUCGAUUGAACCAAGAAACUGAACUGGAAGAAAAUGAUCGACUCGCACAAGAGUUGAUCAGAACCAUUCACGUGGCGAAUCGAGACAUGAUGGACAAGCUAAUGACGGGAAACAAGCAAAACUGGAUGGAAGCGACAUUCUUCGGCCCCGAAGGAGUGACACAAGAGCACCGUCAAAUCGAGCGAAUCGUCGACACACUCCAAAUUUCUGCGAUCAAUCUGGCCAAAACGCACGGCAUGAGCCACGAGUUGGAAGCUUUGAGCGCGCAAAGACAAGUGAAAAACCAGUCUAUCCCGGAUCACAUCAAGCUACCAGGCUUCAAUGCGACAUUGACCGACUUAGGACGACAGCAGGUGAUGACUGGCAAAUAUCAACUCGACAUCGCGCACUGGUCCGACCCAGACUUUGAAGAUCCAGUUCGAAUGGACGAAUUUUACCCGCUCGUAUCCCCUCUUGUCAAACUCUCGCACCUUUCUUCACAGAGCGAAAAAUGGGACACGAUUCAAGAGAAACUUCCAGGCUUCUUAAUGCCUGUGUUUUUCUUUAUCUUUUCCCACUUCGACCCUAUUUCCGAAGCAUACGUCCACCCAAGACUGAAAAUGAGACUUCUGGCCCGAAUGAGCGUCCUCAUUUGGCUCUCGAUCACUCUCGCUUUCGCCUUGCUCACUGGAUGGUGGCAGUUCGCGUUCAAGACGUACUUCACCUUCUUGGUCAUCAUCAUGCUAGCGAACUUUGUUACCUUCAGACGACAUAUCGCCCGAUUUGUUGCCAAUUAG